CCGGGAAGGAGAUUCGUGGUUCGCGGGGUGCGGGCGCGCGUGCGCACUCCGCAGCCCGUUCAGGACCGCGGCGCUGGCAGGGCGCCCACGAGCCGGCGGGUUGGUUGCGCCCCCAUCCUUCUUUCCCUGGGACCUGGGGUCGCGGUUACUUGGGCUGGCCGGCGAACCCUUCAGUGACCUGGCGAGGAGCGGGCCUCGCGCGCCUGGAAGGCUCUGUGGAGCGAAGAGAGUGAGCACGGGAGGGGCGGCGGAGAGGCGCGAGGUUGGGGGAGACGCGGGAUCUGGAGACAGCGGCUUACUCUGUUUACCAGGCUAGAGUGCAGUGGCGCGAUCCCGGCUCACUGUAGCCUCGAACUCCCGAUCUCAAGCGAUCCUCCCGCCUCGGCCCGGGGCACACAGCAUGGCAGAAAACCGUGAGCCCCGAGGUACCGUGGAGGCUGAACUGGAUCCGGUGGAGUACACCCUUAGGAAAAGGCUUCCCAACCGCCUUCCCCGGAGGCCCAAUGACAUUUAUGUCAACAUGAAGACUGACUUUAAGGCCCAGCUGGCACGCUGCCAGAAGCUGCUGGACGGAGGGGCCCGGGGUCAGAACGCGUGCUCUGAGAUCUACAUUCACGGCUUGGGCCUGGCCAUCAACCGCGCCAUCAACAUCGCGCUGCAGCUGCAGGCGGGCAGCUUCGGCUCCUUGCAGGUGGCUGCCAAUACCUCCACCGUGGAGCUUGUUGAUGAGCUGGAGCCGGAGACUGAUACACGGGAGCCACUGACUCGGAUCCGCAACAACUCAGCCAUCCACAUCCGAGUCUUCAGGGUCACACCCAAGUAGUUGAAAAGACACUCCUCCACUUAUCCCCUCCAUGAUGUGGCUGUUCGCAUGCCGAGUACUGGACCUUGGACCAGAGCCAUGUAAGAAAAGGCCUGUUCCCUGGAAGCCCAAAGUACUCUGCAUUGAGGGGGGUGGUAAUUGUUUCUUGGUGAGCCCAGUUAGUGGGUCUUCCUGAGUGUGUGUGUGUGUGUGAUCUGUAACUAUUGCCAUAUAAAUAAAAAAUCCUGUUGUACUAGUGUCCUGCCACCUCCACA